AUGACGACCACUCGGGCAUGGUACACUCUUCGAAGGGGCCUCCUGGCGAUUGAGACAUGUCUCGAGAACGUAUUGCACGGCCUGGCGAAUAGGUACAGUCGCCUUGGCAACAGAAACUCUGGCAUGACGGUGGCUGCAGACCAUGCAGGAUGUCAACUUGCGGCGGACAGUCGUCUUUCGGUUCCGGCCGAGGCUGGAGACGACACGAAAAGACAUCGGCUACCGUCUGUGCUACAAAAGUGGCCAUGGCAAUGGCCGACUGAGUACAAGUUUCAGCCGGCCUGGGCUGAAAGGCCGCGUGGGAUGCAGACAAGAAGUCAGGCCAAAUGUCAUUCUGGCCUGAAAAUGAUUGUCAGACUUUUUCUGUGUCGCAUAAUGCAAAGGAGAAGCAAAUGGACCUUGUGGAAUCGUGUCUGA